GCGGGACAUUGGAGCUGUUUCCGGAGUCCCUUCCCUGGCCUGGGAUAGAAAGAAGAGGGGGGAAAUACUUCUGUUUAUUUACAUUUCAUAAGUUACACACAGGUUCAGGCGACCAGCAGCAGUGACCAUGUCUCAGUCUGCAGAGAAAGGGAAGUUCCCUGAGGCGGCAGGAUAUGUGGGUUUUGCCAACCUGCCCAACCAGGUGCACAGGAAGUCAGUGAAGAAGGGAUUUGAGUUCACCCUCAUGGUCGUUGGAGAGUCUGGUUUAGGCAAGUCUACGCUGAUCAACAGCCUGUUUUUGACAGACCUCUACCCAGAGCGAUACAUCCCUGGGGCUGCAGAGAAGAUCGAGCGGACGGUGCAGAUAGAAGCCAGUACGGUGGAGAUUGAGGAGAGGGGAGUGAAGCUCCGCCUUACUGUGGUCGACACCCCAGGAUACGGAGAUGCCAUCAACAGCCAGGACUGCUUUAAGACCAUCAUCCAGUACAUUGAUAACCAGUUUGAGCGUUACCUUCAUGACGAGAGUGGCCUGAACCGCAGACACAUCGUAGACAACCGAGUCCACUGCUGCUUCUACUUCAUCUCUCCUUUUGGACACGGUCUGAAGCCUCUGGAUGUGGAGUUUAUGAAGGCCAUUCACAGCAAGGUCAACAUCGUCCCUGUCAUCGCUAAAGCUGACACACUCACACUGAAAGAGAGAGACCGCCUUAAGAGGAGGACCUCCGAGACGUUGGUCUUUUCCCCCAGUGGAGAGGCCUCUGCCCCGGCCUGUAUGGGGCCGGAGUGGGGUUUGCCUGGCACUCAGGGCUGGAACGGCUCUCCUAGCCGGGCUCCAGUGGAGGAUGGCAGACUCAGUCACU